AUGGACGGCAUCGCCUACACCGCCGGCAGCACCAUCGUGCUCAACGCCGGCUACGUCAACAACUACACCGGCGACGUCAAGACAGAGGUAACCAGGGUGCUGUACCACGAGACGGUACACGUGUGGCAGUGGGGGCUGCAGGACUACGACGUGUACUGGUGGAUCUACGAGGGGAUCGCCGACUUCGUCCGGCUGCGGGCCAGGUACGCGCCGGCGCACUGGGUGCAGCCCAGGCAGGGGAGCAGCUGGGACAAAGGCUACGACGUCACGGCGAGGUUCCUGGACUACUGCGACUCGCUCCGGCCGGGCUUCGUCGCGGUGCUCAACGCCAAGCUGAAGAACGGGUACAGCGACGAUUACUUCGUGCAGAUCCUGGGGAAGUGGGGAAGUGCGUGCAGGAGCUGUGGCAGGAGUACAAGUAAGGAUGAAAACAGACGGCCCCGUUCCAUCCGCAACCGUAUACCGUUUUUUCCCGUUCGUUUUCGUUUUUUCCAUGAUAAACGGAAAUGGGACCGAAAACGGGACAGAGUGAAACGGGACCAGGACCGAAAACGGUAG